AUGCCCAACCCAAUUACUCUCUUCUUCAUGAUCUUCUUUCUCCUAGAAUCUGUGAUUGCAAUUGUAGAAAACAGUUUCAUCUUCAUGAUACUGGGCAGGGAGUGGAUGCGAUGUCGGACCUUGCCCCCUGGUGAUAUUAUCCUGGCCAGCCUGGGCAUCUCCCGCUUCUUUCUGCAGUGGAUGUCAAUUUUUAGUAACUUCUUCACUUAUUUCUUCCCGUUUAAACUAAGUGUAUACUUUGGUACUUUUUGGACUUUUAGUAACAUGACCACUUUCUGGUUCACCACUUGCCUUGGCGUUUUCUACUGUGUGAAAAUUUCUGCUUUCACUCACCCAGUCUUCCUUUGGCUGAAGUGGAGAAUUCCCCAAAUGAUCCACUUGUUCCUGUUUUGCUCCCUAUUGACAUCCAUUCUUUUAACUACCCCACAAAUUUUAACAACCUUUUUAACUUUCCAAGUGAAAGUUCCUGGGAAUUCCUCAGAAAAGACCAUUUUGGAAGAUAAGAUGUGUGCAUACAGGAUACAUUAUUUCAUGCCUAUGCAAUUGUUUAUUUUGUUACUUCCUUUCCUCUUCUUCUUAGUCUCUAUCAUCUUCCUCAUUUCCACCCUGUGCCGACAUUUGGGGAAGAUGCAGCACCAUAGCUCUAGUCUUCAAGAUCCGAGUAUGCAGGUCCAUAUCACAGCCCUAAAGUCCCUUUUCUUCUUUCUCAUCCUCUACACAUCAUACUUUCUUCCUCUGAUCAUCAGCACCAUCAUACCCAUUUCAGUAAGCAGUUCUUGGUUUUGGGUAAGGGAAGUAGUGACCUAUGCUGGCAUCUCCAUCCAUCCUGCCUUCCUGAUCCUGAAUAGUCCCAAACUGAGAGGGGCUCUGAAGAAGAUAUUUCAUGUCCCAGAGGCUGCAUAA